AUGGAGCGUCGGUGGACUCAAUCAAUGCUGGUGGCUGUCGCUGCGUGCGCCUCGACCUCUAUUGCUUCGCCUACCGAGACCAAAUGUACUCGCGACACGGCCCCGAUGCAGGCCCAUUUGGCCUAUUCUGGAGACCGGGGCAUGACUGUUAGCUGGAACACUUACUCCAAGCUGCAUCACCCAUAUGUUCGCUACGGACAACAUCCCAACGCUCUUUCGCAGUGGGCCGAAUCGGACGUGUCCGUCACCUAUCCCACUUCGUCCACCUCCAACAACCAUGUGAAGAUCACUGGUCUGGAGCCCAACACUAUGUAUUACUAUCAGCCGCAGUGUGGGAACUCCACCCAGAUCUAUACCAUGAAGACUGCUCGUGUUCCUGGUGACAAGACUCCCUUCAGCAUCGCAGUUGGCGGUGACCUGGGCUUAAUGGGCCCCCGGGGACUUACUACCACUACUGGUCCUAAUGGGGGUGUCGCCCCCUUGGGCCCCAACGACAACAACACAAUUCAAUCGUUGCAGUCCAUGAAGUCGGAGUGGGAAUUCUAUUGGCAUCCUGGUGACAUCGCCUACGCCGAUUACUGGUUGAAAGAAGAGGCCCAGGGCUUCCUUUCCAACUAUACAGUCAGUGAUGGUCCGGCUCUGUAUGAAUCGCUCUUAAACCAGUACUUCGACGAAAUGACUGUCUUGACUGCCGAUCGGCCCUAUAUGGUUGGACCUGGUAACCACGACUCGAACUGUGACAAUGGUGGUACCACCGCCAAUGGUGUUGUUUACAACGCCAGCAUUUGCCCUAUGGGCCAAACCAACUUCACUGGCUUCCGCAGCCAUUAUCGUAUGCCUAGCGAUGUGUCUGGUGGUGUCGGAAAUUUCUGGUACUCCUUCGACCACGGCAUGACUCACUUUAUCCAGUUAAACACUGAGACUGAUAUUGGCGAUGGAUUUCUUGGACCCGAUGAGCCUGGGUCCUCGGAAGGCAUGAACUCUGGGCCAUUCGGAUCUUACCCUAACGAGCAGAUCGAUUGGCUCGAGAGGGACUUGGAGAGUGUAGACCGUAAGAAGACGCCUUGGGUCAUUACUGCGGUGCAUCGCCCUUGGUAUGUGAGUGCCAAGAACAUCAGCUCUACCAUCUGUACCGAGUGCAAGGAUGUCUUCGAGCCUCUGCUCGUUAAGCACAACGUCGACCUUGUCAUCCAAGCGCACACCCACUUCUAUGAGCGCAACCAGCCCUUGAACGACUAUGUCAUGGAUCCUGCCGGUCUUGACAAUCCCACAUCCCCGUGGUAUAUUACCACUGCCGCCCCUGGCCACUACGAUGGAUUGGACAAUUAUCUUUCACCUCUCAAGCCUUACGUGGCUUACGCUGAGGACACCGCCUACGGAUGGAGCAAGAUCACAUUCCACAACUGCACUCAUAUGACUCACGAAUUCGUGUCUAGCAGCAACAACACAAUUCUUGACACCGCCACCUUGUUUAAGGACCGCAAGUGUGGCUCUGAAACGAAGCACAACGGCUGAUUCUGAAUGGGUGGACGUUGAUUUCCUAUUUGACAUAAUGGCCACACAACCCUGAUUUCCUUCUCCGUUGUUUUUGGUACUAAAGAUUUUCUUGUAGCUUCUGUAUCAACCAGGGAAGAUAGUGGUAGAAACUAUCAAAAUAUCAUUUGUUAGAACCAUAUGCGCCGCCCGUGCAGAAUAAUACCUGCCUCGGUGGUUCCGAUGCCUUCUCCAGUCUCUGCAACCAGCUGCUCAUAUCCGCUCCGUGAGCUGGUUACUCGGGGCGGCGAGUUGACUAACUCACUCACCCUGUGCUCCGGGAUCCGAUCAUUUCCGAGGCGGUAGUUUUUACCGUCACCUAGAUUGCACGAGUUGAAUUUCAUUGUGGUAUAUAGUAGCUAUACAUGGUACCAACCCCGAGGAUCAAGGACUUGCAUCUCAUUGAUCACGCAGAAUUCACCAGGUUCUUUGUUGUCAGGAGAUGAUCCCGCCCAGCGUGCGAUUUGAUUGUGAAUUGUUCUCUCCUUGAAGCGAGGGAAAGUCGUCCAGCGACGUAUCCGGUUCAACCACAAUCCCUGCAGGAUCGCCCUGGGAGUCAACCAAUUCAAGGUGGGGUUCACAGCCACAUAAGCAGCAGUGCUAUAGCCAACACGCACAAGGGGAUUGAGGAAGACUCCGUGUUGUUUGGAGAGUGGAUUAUCUGCAUGAAUGAGGCAGCAUUCAGAGCCCUCGAGGUGACAAGUUGCUAGGGAAUCUGGAAUUCCCCGGAAUCGAAGGGGCGGGCUCGCCAAAAAAGGAGCGGCAGGCAUUGCGAC